AUGGCAGACGACUGGCGCAGGGCCGUCACCUUCACCGUCAGGCUCGAGCAUACCACCGAAAUCGUCACGGCAUAUAAGCAAGCCCACCCAGACUGCGACCCCGGCGAGGCAAAGAAGUACGCCAAGACGUCAGAAGAGGCCGCUCGUAAGAAUGCGUUGAAUCUGCAAGAAUACCAUGAGCUCUGUGCCAAGCAGGUCAAGCUGCUGCUAGCCCAAGCACAAUCUCAUCACCCAGCAGAAGCAGAUCCCCAUGUGGACGAACACAUCUAUCCAAACUUGCCUGUUCAUGGCGCUGCGAUCGGGAAGUACACGAAUGCUGAACAGUUCAAUGAUGGUCUGUUCUCGGAGGUGUUUCGCGCUGCGGACCCCGACAUGGCAGACAGCAAUGGUAAGCCAAGGGUUGUGGCGCUCAAGAUCACAACGCCAGCCAUGGAACAGCCACCUCACGACUCCAGUCGAGAAGCACGCCUCCUCGUAGCGACCAAGAGCGAACAUGUUAUCGAACUGCUCGAAACCUUCCGACACAGUGGCCAUCGCUUCGUGCUGAUCUUUCCAUACAUGCCUUUCGACCUCAACCAGCUGCUCCAUCAGCAGAAGCUCACGCCGCAGUCUCGACAAACAGUCCUGCGAGAUCUGUUCGCGGGUCUCGCGCAUCUGCACAGUCUUGGCAUCAUCCAUCGAGACGUCAAGCCGUCGAACAUCCUGCUAGCCUCUUCCGCAGGCCCAGCUUACAUCGCAGACUUCGGCAUCGCUUGGUCACCCUCAGAUCCAGCCUCCGAAGCAGCAGAUCAGAAAAUCCUAGAUGUUGGUACGACUUGCUAUCGGCCACCAGAACUUCUCUUUGGCCAUACCUCGUAUGGUACGAAGCUGGACAUGUGGGCAGCGGGAUGUGUAGCGGCGCAAGUGGUAUGUCUGAACGGCCAGACUUUGUUCGAUGCAGGCGAUCUCGGCAGCGAGCUGGCGUUGAUCAAGAGCAUCUUUUCGACCCUAGGUACGCCUGAUCUGAACUCGUGGCCCGAAGCGGGAAAUAUGCCGGACUGGGGAAAGAUGAACUUCGUCAAGUAUCCUGCCAAAUCUUGGGAAGAGAUCUUGCCCACGGCUGAUGAAAGCACGAGAGGACUUGUGUCGAAUCUUGUGUGCUACGAAAGUGCAGCCAGAAUGAGUGCCGAAGAGGCACUGAAGCACGCCUACUUUGGGUAA